ACGCUUCGGUUUUACGCGUUUGACGAGUUACAAUGUAACAGUGAUGAAGCCUUUGAUAGAGCACAUGAAAGCGCGCUGAAAGACCCGCCGAGAUGCGGGACUCGUAUCGGUUUUGAGGAGUUCUUUUGUUUAGGAUCUUGUUAGAGACUGGGGACAGGAGGACACGGGAAGUGUAAGUGUUUAUUUGGGAGGAAUAAUACCAAUCGGAUGACAGUUCUCUUGCACUACCAGGAAGCCAUGAAAAGCUGUGAAUAUCAACAAAUAGAUCUUCACGCGCUGCCCACACCGACACCGGGACACACCGCGGCUCCGUGCGCGCAGGAAAAGAAGCGCAGAAGGAAAAAAUGGGAAGUGUUUCCGGGAAAGAAUCGGUUUUUCUGUGACGGUCGGAUCAUGUUGGCACGUCAGAGUGGUGUUCUUCCUCUCACCAUGGGGCUCAUCCUCAUCACAAGUGCCCUGUUUUUUGUCUUCGAUUGUCCUUUCCUAGUCGAACACCUGACCGGCUGCAUCCCGGGGAUCGGAGCAGUCCUUUUCGUGUUUGUGCUUAUCUCUCUUCUUCAAACCAGCUUCUCAGAUCCUGGCAUUCUUCCUAGGGCGACACCUGAGGAGGCAGCCGACAUCGAGAAACAGAUCGACAACCCCAACGGAUGUACCUCAUCUUAUCGCCCUCCCCCUCGCACCAAGGAGGUCGUCAUCAACCAGCAGGUCGUUAAGCUAAAGUAUUGCUUCACUUGCAAGAUCUUCCGUCCGCCCCGGACCUCCCACUGCAGCUUAUGUGACAACUGUGUGGAGCGUUUUGACCACCACUGCCCCUGGGUAGGAAACUGCGUGGGCAAACGCAACUAUCGCUUCUUCUACAUGUUCAUCAUCUCGCUGUCCUUCCUCACCGCCUUCAUCUUCGGCUGCGUGACCACACACCUGGCUCUGAGGUCGUCAAAAGAAGGAAAGGGGUUGGUUUACGCACUCCAGCAGAGUCCUGCCAGUGCAUUAGAGCUCGUGGUUUGCUUCUUUUCAGUCUGGUCCAUUUUAGGCCUCUCGGGUUUUCAUACGUACCUGGUUGCUGCUAAUCUCACCACGAACGAGGAUAUUAAAGGUUCCUGGUCAGGGAAGAGUGGGAAUGAGGAGACUGGGAAUCCGUAUAGUUAUCAGAACAUUUUUAAAAACUGCUGCUCGGUACUUUGUUCGCCCAUGCCUCCCAGUUUGAUAGACAGAAGAGGGUUCGUCCCGGCAGAGGACGCCAUCCAGGCUGGUCCCACAGAGAUCGCGUUACCUGCUGCGAAAAACGACAUCAACCUGGUAGGAAGUGUGUCUGUAUCAAGUCAUGCUCCUCUCCCCAUUUCUUCUACCCCAACCCUUCACAUUCAGAACCACUCUACAGCCUGAUCACAUGCCUGCCCCAAACCGAGCAUCUCCACCUUUCCUGGAUGGAACAUUAGGGACAACGUAUGUUGCCUUUUAUCAUGUGAAACACAGAUCCUAUUGAAACUGAAAAAUGUUCACGUCAAAGUCCGUGCUACUCCUCAGAAUGGACACGGGGUUCGUGUUAGCUUUCGUUACCUCCUUUUUCAUUUGAGGAACUGCCGAUAAAUUCAGCUGUCCAGCUUGCGUAACUCAACGUCACGUGACUCCAUAUCGGCGCCGUACCUCAGGACUUUGAAUUGCAUCCUCGGAAUGGAAAGAGGAAAUGAAACCUGUCGCCGUUUGCACAGAUAUGUCAAACAUAUGUGAUCCGACUUCUUAUUAUAGGUUGGGUUGUGUCGAUUACUGUAAAGGAAGUACUGUAGGGGCAGUGCAGAUGUUACUGUAACUGAGAUCAUGGUAUUGCACAAAGAGAGAAUAAAAAAAAAUGAGAUAGUAGACCGUUUUUAUUCAGCACAUUUUUUUAUCAGAAUAUCCGUUUACUUCUUAGCUCAGGGGGUUUUGUACGUUCUGUGGAGUUUGUGGUUGGUCGAUUCACUAGCUGCUGCUUCGACUUCGGGUUCGUCAGUUACUGUCAUUAUUAACGAUAAUGUCAGUAUUCUCCAAAUGUCACAUUGUUUACAGAUCACAUUGUUUUUGUAUCCUCAAAACAUAAGCACUAUUGAAAUCUUUCCCUCCCAGCAAGUCAAACUGUCCACGUGACUGUGUCUGUGUCUUAUUUCCUUUGAUCACAGAGCAGAGUAGCCAUAGCCGUGCGAAUCCUAAUGCUGAUCAGAAUCAGGAUUGGCUUUCUGUUUACGAUUAGUUCAGGUCCUUACGAGUGGAGCCUCAUACAUUGUGCUUCGCUCUUGAUGUUACUGUAGUCCACGUAGAUGCCUUAUGUGAUCGGGUUGUGAUGAGAGAAAAUAGGUUUAUAUUCAGCCAUUUGGAUAUAGAGAAUGUGCAGUACUUUUAUUUUGUUGGGAGAGUGAUUCUAUGUGAUUUGCUGGAAAACAAAGCAUAUCUGGCGUGUUUCAAAGAUUUUAUAUGUCUUUAUUUAACUAAUGGAUCAUGCUGUCUGAUUUGUGUGUUUUUUAAAAUCUAUAUUUCACAAAUGUUAAAUAAAAGUUUCUUUUUUUU